AUGCGCCAAGAAACCUUCCAGUUCAUCGAGAUCGCUUACAGCGGUGAGUGUGGAAACCCGAGGGAAACCAGGAACUUGGACUGUCCUUGCACCAGGGAAUACCGUCCGGUUUGCGCUACAAACGGAGUCACCUACGCCAACCCAUGUCUCUUCAGAUGCGCCAAGAAGACCUUCGAGUUCAUUGAGAUCGCUUACAGCGGAGAGUGCGGAAACCCGAGGGAAACCAGGACUUUGGACUGUCCUUGUACCAAGGAAUACGAUCCGGUUUGCGCAACGAACGGAGUCACCUAUGCCAACCCUUGCCUCUUCAGAUGCGCCAAGAAAACCUUCCAGUCCAUCGAGAUCGCUUACAGCGGAGAGUGCUGA